CAGUCAUUUCCCAGAUUAGGAGUAGCUCUGGUAAGGUUUUAUAGCUUGUUCUGUGACCGUGAUCAGGAGUCGCAUCGCGAGCAGGAGCAGCAGCCGUCGCCAUGUUGGACCAUUUCUCUAUCUUCACGCGAGGCGGGCUGGUCCUCUGGACGUUCCAGAUGACCGCCAUGAAGGGCUCGCCGAUCGACGCGCUCAUCCAGAACUGCCUACUCCAGGAGCGAUCCGGCGAGAAAACAUUUCAGUAUAACGCCAAGGAUCAGUCGGCUUAUACGUUAAAGUGGUCCUUCCAUAACGAGUUAGGGCUGGUUUUCGUCGCGGUGUACCAGCGGAUCCUGCAGCUGCUGUAUGUGGACGAUUUGCUGACGGCCGUCAGGGAUGAGUUUGCUGACGGUCAUUAUGAUCCGAAGAAGACGGCCUAUCCGGAUUUUGACGACGUUUUUAAACAGCUGCUUCGCGAAGCCGAGCAGCAUGCGAACGAGCUGAAGCGACCGAAGCAGGUUACCAAUUUCGGCGAGACGAAGAAGGGCAAAGACAUGCACAAGGUCGCAGGAGCGGGUAAAGGGAAGGGAGCAGGGGCCAAGCAGCGGAAGGGAGGACUCGCGAAGGAUAACGACGGAGGCAGCGGGAGCGACGAGACGGGCGACGAGGACGGAGCGGCAAACAGCGAGGCAGAGCAGCCGGCUAGCCGUCCCGGUAGCAGCUCUGCCGUCGCAUCCUCCGGCGCGUUUGACGUUUCGAAGCUUCGUAACCGGGCCAACCGCAGCAAGCAGGCUCCGGCGAAAAAACCGGGUAACGGAUUUUUCGACUUCCCGCUCAAGCCCGGGAAAGGCGGGAAAGCUGACGGAAAAGGUGACGGAAACGCGUCGGAAGGCGAGACGAAGAAGCCGAAGAAGCAGAUGCGGAAGUGGGAUAACGAAGGUCCGGCUCUGGAGCGGCAGGACUUCUCGGAAUCUUCCGACCAUGAUACUGACGUGGAGGUGGUUGAUGUUAAGAAGGUAGGGAAGAGCAUGAUGGAUAGAGAGGAGGAGCUCGAGGAGGAGGAGGAGGCGGAAUGGGAGGAGGAGACUGAGGAUGAGGAGGAGGAAGCGGAGGGGAAGGGGAAGGGGUCUCGCAGGCGUGUGGGACGCGGGGAUGAUGGCAGCGAGGGGAAGAAGACCGGCUGGCUGGCGUCUGUUUUCCAGAGCGUGGUGGGCAAGGCGUCCCUGGAGCUGAAGGACAUAGAGCCGUCGCUCAAGGUGCUCAAGGACCGCCUCAUGGCCAAGAACGUGGCGGAGGAGAUAGCUGAGAAGCUGUGUCGCUCUGUGGCGACCAGCCUGGUGGGCAGCAAGCAGGCGUCCUUCACCCGCAUCUCGUCCACUGUUCAGGCUGCCAUGGAGGAGGCUCUCACGCGCAUCCUCACCCCCAAGCGCUCCAUUGACAUUCUCCGGGACGUGCAGGCUGCCAAGGAGGCGAAUCGUCCCUACGUGGUGGUGUUCGUUGGGGUGAAUGGGGUGGGCAAGUCGACCAAUCUAGCCAAGGUGGCGUACUGGCUGUCCCAGCACGACAUCAAGGUCAUGGUGGCGGCGUGCGAUACCUUCCGCGCGGGCGCUGUUGAGCAGCUCAGGACCCAUGCCAGGCGUCUGCAGAUCCCCCUGUUUGAGCGCGGGUACGAGAAGGACCCAGCAGCAGUGGCGAAGGAGGCAAUCCGGGAGGCGACGCGCACCAAGAUGGAUGCGGUGCUGGUCGACACGGCGGGCCGCAUGCAGGACAACGAGCCGCUCAUGCGCGCGCUCUCCAAACUAAUCAACAUUAACGAGCCUGACCUGGUUCUGUUUGUGGGGGAGGCGCUGGUGGGCAAUGAUGCUGUGGAUCAGCUGACCAAGUUCAACCAGCGCCUUGCUGACCUCUCGUCUGCCCCCACUCCCCAUGCCAUUGACGGCAUUCUGCUCACCAAGUUUGACACCAUUGAUGAUAAGGUCGGUGCUGCCCUGUCCAUGGUGUAUGUGUCGGGUGCGCCUAUCAUUUUUGUCGGCUGCGGUCAGACAUACACUGACCUGCGCCGUCUUAAUGUAAAGCACAUCAUCCGUGCACUGCUGCAGUAGUCAGCAUGCAAGAAUAAGUGGCGGUACUGGACUGAACAAGGUUAUGGUAGAUCAUGACUUGUAGGCACUUGGAUGUGCACUGUGGUCUUAAGUCAGCUGCCGUUUCGUUACUAAGACUCGAUUUCAUGAUUCUGCUGCUUUAUGUUUGGCUUUCUAUUUCUAUUUUGAUAAGAGAUGUAA